CUCUCUCUCUCUCUCUCUGUAUUAAAAAUCACUGUUCUUCACGCUUUCCCUGCACCUUGUGGUGCCGAUUUGGGGCAUUUAAUCAGCAACCACGUUGUUUCUGAACUCUAAAGCUUUCUUUGGGUUCCUACCCAGUUAGGUUAAGGUUCUCGUGAAGCCCCUUUUGGAAUUGGGUUUUGUUGAAGACUCUUUUGUGUUUAAUGGAACAAUGGGUCUCAGUGAAAAGAUGAUUCUUGAAAAAGAAAAAGGAAGAAUUUAAGGCUUUUGUGAUUAAAUAUUCAAUGGAUUGUUUAUCUGAUAUUUAUGCUUUUUUGAGAAGUGUGUUCUGAAGACAGUAAAUUGUUUGUUCUCUCAUUUAAGGCAGCAUUUGGUGAGGUAGCAUGUGGGGGGUUGUCUUGGAAUAUUGAUAAUCACCUCCAUUCCUUGCCAAGGCUGACUUUAAAUGAGCUUUAAUGAAAUGGGAACUGUUUUCCAAACCUGAUUUUAAUACACUGGUUUUCAGUUUUCACUGAAGAAAAGGGUAGAAUUCCCUGUUUGUUACUAAAAGGUGCCAUUUGAAAUGUGAUCCCAUUCAUAUUUUAAAUCUGAGUGAAACUUUUCUUGGUUUGGGGGAGUCCACAGGGCUAGAUCCUAGUCGGGUUUUGGUUAUAUAAAUACGGCUUUCUCUCUUUAUCUCGCUUUUCAUAUAGAAACCGAGGACUCUUCUUAACUGCAGAGAUCAUAUUGAUUGUGGGUGUUGCUUUGAAGUAGCGAAUAAGGUAAAUAUAUGGUAUCAACAUUUAGUUGGUAUGGACUGCAUGGCUUCAUCUGUUAUUUGCAUCUCCUCUUUUGGGUUAAUGUUUUAGUUCUCAUUUACCCAACUUGCUGGUUAACCAUGAAUGAUCGUAUAUGUAUUAAGUUUGCAGCUGGUUUUAAUUCUCUCAAUCAUGUUUCACAUCUUGCUCUUAAAUUAUAUUCCUUGCACAAUGCGUUUUGAGUUAUUUGUCCACACUUUUUGGAGAAUAAUCGGGGUGUUACGAACGAUCCUGCCAAUUUUGGACCGAGGCAUUUGAAGUAAUUUCCCCCCUUGUAAUUACUGUUGUAUUAAUAGAACCCUUCUACUCAAUUAUAGAGAUUGAGACCAACAUCUCUUAGAAAGAUUUGAUGAUAAGAGCCUAAGAAGUGAGAUUGCAAAUUUGUCCUCCUAAAAGAUUUUGUUCUCUCUUAAAUUUGAUUUUUGCAGCAUUUGGAUCCAAAAUCAGUUAAGGGCAACGGUACAUAUAAGUUUCUCCUUUGCAGUUUUGCCGGUUCCUUAUCUGUGUCUUUAAACCAUCUUCCAUCCUUGCAAUAUCAAUUAAGUGCAUUGAUUCCUGUUCUUUGAUUCUUCUCUUCUUUAAUAGUGUUGACAGCAAGAAAGGAAAAAUGAUUAAAAUCUGUUGCAUUGGCGCUGGAUAUGUUGGUGGACCAACCAUGGCGGUUAUUGCCCUCAAGUGCCCCUUGAUUGAAGUAGCCGUUGUCGACAUCUCAGCUGCUCGAAUUGCAGCCUGGAACAGUGAUCAGCUGCCAAUAUACGAGCCUGGUCUUGAUGAAGUGGUGAAGCAAUGCCGAGGAAAGAACCUCUUCUUUAGCACCGAGAUAGAGAAGCAUGUUUCCGAGGCUGACAUAAUCUUUGUCUCUGUCAACACCCCAACCAAAACUCGGGGACUUGGGGCCGGUAAAGCUGCAGAUCUUACGUAUUGGGAGAGCGCAGCCAGGAUGAUCGCUGAUGUAUCGAAAUCCAACAAGAUUGUUGUCGAGAAAUCAACUGUCCCUGUUAGAACAGCAGAAGCAAUUGAGAAAAUCCUGACCCAUAAUAGCAAGGGCAUAAGAUAUCAAAUUCUCUCAAACCCUGAAUUUCUGGCUGAGGGAACCGCAAUUCAAGACCUUUUUAACCCCGACAGGGUUCUUAUUGGGGGGAGAGAGACACCAGAGGGACAGAAGGCAAUCAAAACACUGAGGGAUGUUUACGCUCAUUGGGUUCCGGAAGACAGGAUUAUAUGCAGCAAUCUUUGGUCCGCCGAGCUCUCAAAGCUGGCUGCCAAUGCUUUCUUGGCUCAGAGGAUAUCAUCUGUUAAUGCCAUGUCUGCUCUUUGUGAAGCAACUGGGGCUGAUGUUUCCCAGGUUUCCCAUGCCAUUGGGAAAGACACCAGAAUUGGGCCAAAGUUCCUCAAUGCCAGUGUUGGCUUUGGUGGAUCAUGUUUUCAGAAAGACAUUCUUAACUUGGUCUACAUCUGCGAGUGCAAUGGCCUGAAUGAGGUUGCAAACUAUUGGAAACAGGUUAUUAAGGUGAAUGACUACCAGAAGAACCGGUUUGUGAAUCGUGUUGUUGCCUCCAUGUUCAACACAAUCUCAGGUAAGAAGAUUGCCAUUCUCGGCUUUGCCUUCAAAAAAGACACUGGUGACACAAGGGAAACUCCGGGUAUUGAUGUGUGCAAGGGAUUGUUGGGGGACAAAGCCCACUUGAGCAUAUAUGAUCCUCAGGUCACUGAAGAUCAGAUUCAGCAGGAUCUGUCAAUCAACAAGUUUGAUUGGGACCAUCCGAUUCACCUAAAGCCAAUGAGCCCCACCUCCGUGAGGCACGUGAAUGUAGUCUGGGAUGCUUAUGAGGCAGCAAAGGAUGCUCAUGGGCUCUGCAUUCUCACCGAAUGGGAUGAAUUUAGGUCCCUUGAUUUCCAGAGGAUUUUCGACAACAUGCAAAAGCCUGCAUUCAUCUUUGAUGGUCGAAACAUUGUGAAUGGUAACAAGCUGAGGGAUAUCGGGUUUAUUGUCUACUCUAUUGGCAAACCAUUGGAUCCAUGGCUGAAGAACAUGCCUGCCAUGGCGUAGGACCUAUAUCUAUAUCUCUGGUUCCGGAUUGGGUCAUAGAACUAGAAUGAACACCAUGAGAAGAAGUCUUGAGUCUGAACUUUUCUUUGAUACUGGUUACCUCCUUGCUAUUGUAUUCAACUUAGAAAAUAAUUUCUUGUAUUUCUUUUGAAACCUCAGGCCUUAUAUUUGUCAGUUUUUUCAUAUACCUCUUUACGGAGUAAUGGUAAUACCAGUUAAAAAGCUUUACCUUACAGAGUCGUUUGAUUGAUCAG